GAGCUCCUCUAUCUUUCCUUCCCCUUUUUAGGCUUUCCCCGUUCGUCAUUCAUUUCGCUGCCUCCUGACUCCUGAGAGAAGGUUAGGAUUUUAAUAGAUCCUCCUCGCGCGCUUCUUCUGACGCGUGCGGUUUUCUCGUCGAGGAUCCCGCUGGAUAUCCGGGGGAACCGGCCUGCGAGGAGGUGGAUUAGCUUUGUUUGCCCCGGAGCUUGUGAACUGUGGAAGCGGCGAUGCAGGAGGCCAACUGGACGCUUGGGAGAUUCUCCUCCUCUCUAUGAUCUUGACCACUGGCACUCUCGCAAGUGGUUUUAUUGUAGCUGGUACGUCGGGGAACUGCAUGAGAGAUCUGAGAGCUUUAUUAUUCUCCGCGGAGGUUUCGAGGAGCGUAGGGAGGGACAGCGAGUUUGUGAUCCGGAGCAGGGGAAGAUGGGGCAAAUGCGGUUGAUUUUUUCGUAGAUCUGUCCGAUUUUUGUUGGGUUCGCUUCAGAUCUGCAAGUGUUAUUUUGAAAGAGGGAAUUUUUAAUUUUAGGGGCCACAAAGAAGGUGUUUUUGAGGCUUUAGAGAUCAGUUAUCUGCCCUGAUGCAGCCCGAUCAGCGGAAGAAGAAUACACCGGAGAUGGAAUUUUUCACCGAGUAUGGUGACGUUAACAGAUACAAAAUUCAGGAGGUUGUUGGGAAAGGAAGCUACGGAGUUGUUUGCUCAGCCAUAGACACUCAUACAGGAGGAAAAGUGGCUAUCAAGAAGAUACAUGAUAUUUUUGAGCACAUCUCAGAUGCAGCCCGAAUUCUCCGUGAGAUCAAGCUUCUUAGGCUUCUUAGACAUCCUGACAUUGUAGAGAUAAAGCACAUCAUGCUACCCCCUUCAAGAAGAGAUUUCAAAGAUAUUUAUGUUGUUUUUGAGCUUAUGGAGUCAGAUCUUCAUCAAGUCAUCAAGGCUAAUGAUGAUUUGACAAAAGAGCAUUACCAGUUCUUUCUUUAUCAGCUCCUGCGUGCCUUGAAAUAUAUCCAUACAGCUAAUGUUUAUCAUCGAGAUUUAAAGCCGAAGAACAUACUAGCUAAUGCAAACUGCAAACUUAAAAUAUGUGACUUUGGAUUAGCGAGAGUUGCAUUCAAUGAUAACCCCACAACAAUAUUCUGGACGGAUUAUGUUGCUACAAGGUGGUAUAGGGCACCUGAGCUGUGUGGCUCAUUCUUUUCCAAGUAUACAGCUGCCAUUGACAUCUGGGGCAUAGGCUGCAUUUUUGCUGAGGUUUUGACUGGAAAGCCAUUAUUUCCUGGGAAAAACGUGGCUCAUCAACUGGAUUUGAUGACCAAUCUUCUGGGAACACCUUCUUUGGAUACCAUUUCAAGGGUACGAAAUGAGAAGGCAAGGCGUUAUCUAAGCAGCAUGAGGAAAAAGUCGCCCAUACCAUUUUCACAAAAGUUUCCCAAUGUAGAUCUUUCAGCUCUCAAACUCUUGGAAAAGCUUCUAGCAUUUGAUCCAAAGGACCGGCCAACUGCGGAGGAGGCAUUGGCUGAUCCUUAUUUUAAAGGCUUGUCCAAAGUAGAGAGGGAGCCCGCAUGUCAGCCAAUCACAAAAAUGGAGUUUGAAUUUGAGAGACGAAGAGUGACUAAAGAAGAUAUUAGGGAACUCAUAUAUCGUGAGAUAUUGGAAUAUCAUCCUCAGCUUCUCAAAGAUUACAUCAAUGGAACCGAGAGAACAAAUUUCCUUUAUCCUAGUGCUGUUGAUCAAUUCAGAAGGCAAUUUGCUCACCUCGAGGAGAAUGGUGGUAAAAGUGGUCCGGUAAUUCCGCUAGAAAGGAAUCAUGCUUCUCUUCCCAGAUCAACGGUUGUCCACUCAGCUACAAUACCUCCGGUGGAACAAGGGAAUCAUAGAACAGCUGAGCGGGUUGCUGGACAUAUGGGAAGGGUUUCACCAGCACCUCAAAGGAUCCCAGCUGCGAAGCCAGGAAAAGUUAUUGGACCAGUAAUGCCGUUAGAGAAUGGAAGCAUAAAGGAGCCCUACGAUCCCAGGCGUUUGAUAAGGAAUUCGAUGCCUCCAUCGCAGUCUGGCCUUCCACCUUCUCACUGUUUUCACAGAACUGCCACCAAGUGUUCAACCAAGCUGGGAGCUGAAGGUGAGGAUAACAACCCACAUCACCCCCAGCCUUGCAUGCCUGGCAUGGCAGCGCCAGACAUCACAAUAGACAUGAGAGCCCCUCCAUUCUUUCUUGUCGGUGCUACUAAACCUGCACAGAUCGAGAGAACCAGUGGCAUUGAGGCUAACCUUCUUCAAGGGAAGCCUAUUCCCUAUGUUGGUAUUGCUGUCACAGCAGCCUCCGGCAGCCACCGGAAGGUUGGUGCUGCCCAGUUUGGCAUGUCAGGGAUGUGCUAGAUGCCUGAUAGGAGGGAGUUGCUGGUCUUGGUUAAGGUAGACAUUUAAUUUUAUUGGUUUUCCCACAUGGGUGGAAACAAACCAAAAGAAGGGGGUGGGGGGAGAAAAAAAGUGCAGGAACAAUAGGUUAAGAGAAUAAGAAGUUGGUACAGUUCUUAGGAUCUUGUAAAACAAAGUUCUAGUGAAACUAUACAAUUCCAGCGAACUGACAGUUAUUGCUCAUUGAGGAAAAAAAAAUGGUUGUUUGUGUUGGAUUUCAAAGGUUGUGUCGUCUCACUUUUAAUUUGGAUAAGCACAAGAUGGAAAAUUAUGUGAGGAAACUCUCGACUUCUUGAUCAGGGGGAACAUGUUUGGGCAGAGAUUCUGUUAUCUUUAUGGAGCAGUUUGUCCAUUUGUGAGAAGCUAUUUUAUUUUUAGAAUAUCAUACAGCAUAGUAUUAUCAAAUGAAUGCUUGGUUGUAAUAGAGGUGGAUGAAUAAAUGCAAUUUUUU